AUGUUGAUAGCUAUUAAUGAAGAUGAAACUCUACCAAACCUCAAACGUUCUUCAUUUCGUAAAAUAUUAAAAGAUUUGCAUUUUGUUUACGCGAAAAAAUCCCGCAAUAGUGCGCUUAUUGAAAGAGAGGACAUAAUUAUUUGGCGUGGUAAAUAUUUAGAUCAAAUAAGAAAAUACAGAUCACAAAACAGACCAAUAUACUACCUUGACGAGACGUGGGUAAACGCAGGUGAAACCCAUAGCAAAGCAUGGCACGACAGUACGGUCAAUUCACCGCGCGAAGCAUUCCUCACAGGGCUCACAAUGGGACAAAAGGAACCCUCGGGAAAAGGCAAGAGCCUCAUUGUGUUACACAUAGGAUCAACUGACGGUUUCGUACCGGGUGGCCUUUUAUGUUUUGAGUCAAAAACCAACUCAUCGGAAUAUCAUGAUGAAAUGAAUGGCAGUACUUUCUUUGAAUGGUUUGCAAAAAUGCUGCCGUUACUUAAAGAAAAUGCUGUCAUAGUGAUGGACAACUCCGCCUAUCAUUCUGUGACAAAAGAUCGUAUUCCAGUGAUGUCAUGGAAAAAGCAGGAAAUAAUAAAUUGGCUGGAAAGUAAGGGCUAG